AAUCAAUCACAGGUUCAAUUCGCGUACGUGACUCAUCCUGCUCAGAAGACCACUCCCCCAUGGAUGACGACGUCAUUUCAAUCCACUCCUCCCAUGAAUCCGGGGCAGAAGAACUCGACAGAAGAGCUAUCCUCGAGCCCGUCGUCAAACGCGUCGUCGAUGCACUUGGCGGCUACGAAGGGGGCGUCUACCGCAUGGGCGAUGAAGUCAGCGGUUGUCUACGGGAUCUGAAGAAGCUCUGGCGGAAGGACGAUACAGACGACGAGCGCACAGUAGCGCGCAUAUUUUGGGAGACCCGGGUCCUCCCCAACGACCUCGUACCGAUUUUGCUGGCGACUGCGGGCAAGGGGCUCGUGGAAGACAAGCGGGCCAUCGCAUGUGCGGACUUGAUGACAGCCAUGACCUGGCCCAUCGAUAUGGCGGCGGAGCUGCAGGAGUUGGAUGAGGAACUUGACAAAGGGACAGACUAUACGCAACUGAUGUUCAGCCAUCUCAAUUACAAAGCUGCGCUUUUGACGCCAGGCGUCAUGCAAGCUCUCUUCGGGGUUCUGCUCCCGCCAAUUUCAAAAUCCGCAAAGGAGAGGAAGGAACGCGACGGACAGAUAGUAAAUCUGAUCCUGCAUCUCAUCCGGAACUUGAUAUUUAUCAAGGACCUCCCCGCAAAUAUGCACCUUAGUGCGGACCAGGCGGAGUAUUCGAGCUUGCAGACUAGACUUGUGAAAGCACUCUCGGAAACACAUACUCUAGAUUUGCUCCUGACAAUUGCUGCCAACACGUCUAACGACCCUCUUUUCAAUGCAUCAAAUACGCUUGUACUCGAAAUAUUCUACCUCUUAUUUCGCGGCAUAAAACCUCAUCUGCUGGCUAUAGAUCAAUCAAAGCAACCAGCACAAAACCUUCAUCGCCUGCUUGCUGCGGAGGACAAGAAAAAGAAAGAUUUAGCGCGGAAUGCAUCUUCCCGCCACUCCCGCUUUGGAACAACUAUUGCCGUUCAACUUAAGCCGAGCAAGAAGCCGGUAUCUCCGGAUGCAGACGCAGAAGGCCCAAACGAUCUGGCGCAUGGGAGCAAUCCUGAUUCCAGGCCGCUCGUGCUUCAUCGCCAAGCAGCUAUCACACGGGAGUCUGGAAGCAUUCUCGACUUUGCGAAGCGCUCUAAAGCUCGCAAAAGCAACAAGAUUGACGAAUUAGCCCGUGAGGACAAUCUAUCUGUAGAAGCCAAGAUAGUGCUUCAGGGUUUUGCCCGCGAGUCUCUGGAUUCAUCCUUUAAUCCGUUUCUCCGCUCUUUGCUUAAAGACAUCAAGUCCGAGCGCCCAAAGAUCAAAGAAAAAGAUCAUCUUCGGCUGCUCUACAUCACUAAGUGGUUCCUUGAAUUUUUCCUGAUAUCCCGCUCCAACGAAAAAGCCAUCGAAGGACCACGAAAAUGGAAUCUCGGACUAGUAGCGGAAGUUACCGACCGCGGGUGGAUCAUUUGGGUGCUCAAGCGGAUGAGACAAGCCAUGGAUGAAAAGCCGAAGAUGUGGAACGAACUGCAAGCGGGAAUAGAAUGCCUUACGCAGCUUCUUCUCCUGAUCGACAUCAUGUCUUCGUCGGUGAUCUCCGACCCUCACCUCAAUGAGGCUGCUGCUGUUUUACAACAACAGUUGAUUUAUAAUGGUGAGGUUCUCGACAUCUCACUCGAGAGCCUGCGAUCGUACAAGGAGGGGACGCAAUCACUAGCCUAUUUAAAUGCCAGCGUGCACCUCGCUUACGCCCUGCUGCGGAUGUUGGAACGGUGGGGGAAGGAGAAUACCGGGGCUGUGUACGUCAGGAAAAAGAAGCCGGGUAAGAGGAAGAAGACCACGGGUCAGGGACUAGUGGAUGAAGAUGGUGUGCCUGACGUCGAGAACGAGCCAGAUGGGGAUAGCGAGGAGGAAGUCAUCCAUGAGACAAUGUUUACCUUCGAUGCCUUUGAAAUGAAAUUCGCGAACUCGGAGAUAACUAAGACACUACUGACAUAUCUUUCGCGCUACAGAGACUUCGAUUCGCCUGAGUUCAUGAAGAGGGCGGUGAACUUGAUUCACCGACAAGUCGUCAAAACUAAGGCCGAAGGUCUAUAUUUCAACGUUUCGACACUUAAUCUUUUCAAGACUAUUCUCGAUGAUCAGAAAUCGCUCCCGAAAGAUCAUUCGUCCAAGGACCUUGUAAAAUUGGUCAAUUUCAUUUUGCACAAGUUCUUCAAGGCGUUGGAAGAAGAGCCAUUCCUCGCGGUAGAGGCGUUCUUCCCAAAGAACCGCGGACACUGGAAACAGUACUCGAGCUGGGAACCCGAAACCAAAGGCCGGCAUGAGCGCGAGGCAGUAGAAGAUACCAGAUUCCCUCCUGAGGUGCAAGUCAAGAAAGGUUACUCGUGGAGCGAGCAAAUCGGAAUUGCAAUAGCGGCGCUAGUGGAGGAUAGCAAGACCGAACUUGUAGAAUGGGUCAAAGACAUCCUGGUGUUAGUCAUCCGUCAGCGCAAUAAGAUUGUUGAGGAGACGGAUCAAAAACGGCAAGACGAGGAAAUUGACCUCGAGGACGACGGACAGAAGAAAUUAACUCCCUCUACAGAAGCAAUCUCCCAAUUUCUUGAUUACUUAAUACCCUACAUCAGUGAUGAACAUGCGGAAGCUGCGACGAAGAAUUCGAUAUUGAAGCUCAUAUUUCGCCUGUUAAAAUUCACUAUUCAUGACGAAGAUGGUGAUGAAUUGCAAUGGAUCGUGCCAGCAGUAAUUCUUCCUUCCGACCUUCAGAGCAGCCUCAACGUCGUCGAUCAAUUCCUCCAACAUCCUAUCGACCUUGACGGCAAGAAAGCUUCACAGCUCUUGAGCAAGAAAACCCGUCGGCGACGAAGACGUCGAUCACCCUCUAACUCUGAUGUCGAGCUUCUCGAGGACGACGAGCCCAAGCGCAAGAGACGGGAGAAGAAAAAGAAAGAGGAUAAGCAAUACAAGUCAGCACAAUUCAUUGAGGACAGUGAUGCUGAAUACGGGGAUAUGGAUGCCUUCCUCGAAAGGGAAAAGGCAUUGAGAGAUAAAGCUGCCAUGGCAGCUGCGCAAAGUGGCAAGAUCGGCACCAUGCGAGCGACGGGAACUAAAAAACGGCGGAGAAAAGGGAAAGAUGUUGAUGCUAGGAAGAAGGGUAGGGUGGGCAGGAACCCCGAGAAUCAUCCGGUAGGGGAUGCCAAUGCCGAUGAGGAUAUCUCGGACAGUGAUGAUGAUAUCCUCGGAUCCAUGCGGAGAAAACCUCAGCCUGCACCUAGGGCACGCCCAAGACCCCGGCCGGUCCCAAAGCGUUCCACAAGGCCAGAAAGCUCUGUGGGCGCCUUGGACGAAGAUGAUGUAGGGGUAGAUGAAGUGACCAUUCGACGUACCGGGAAGGGGAGAUUGAUCCUUUCCGAAGAUGAUGAAAUAUGACAGUCCGUCCGUCAUGACCGCAUCUGUCGUCAUCCCGUUUGUAUCUAGUACUGAUUUACAUCCUGUUUUGAAUUUUGCACGGACACUAUUAACGUAUACCGAGAGCUGCCGCCAAGCGAAGCGGCAAUUAAUUCACUAAUGUUUCUUUUUUGUUUCCAACGCUAGACAUGCCAGUACUAGUAAAGCCGAAUUUAGGGGCUACAAAGUUACUGGCAUGCAAUUGCAAGCCGUUGCCCCAGC